AUGGCGGCUCCGCGGUGGUUCAGCCUGGCCGAGGUGCGGGCCCGCUGCGCUCAGGGAGCCUGCCUGGUCCGCUGCCACCGCCGCCUCUACGACCUGAGCGGUUUCGUGCGGUUGCACCCGGGCGGGGAGCAGCUGCUGCGGCGCCGGGCGGGCACCGACGUGAGCGCCGCGCUGGACGGGCCGCCCCACCGGCACUCGGCCAACGCCCGCCGCUGGCUGGAGCAGUACUACCUGGGGGAGAUGGAGCCCACCGAACCGCUGAGUCCUCCCGAGCCCGCCGAUGAGGAAGAGGAGGAUGUCUCAGCCCACCCGAGGCCGAUGGAUCCCCGCUGUAAACCAGUGGAUGAGGAGAAGGACCUGGUGGACUGGAAGAAGCCCUUGCUGUGGCAGGUGGGCUACCUGGGGGAGAAGUACGACGAGUGGGUGCACCAGCCCGUGGACCGGCCCAUCCGCCUCUUCCACUCCAAUCUCCUGGAGUCCCUCUCCAAGACAGCUUGGUACGUAGUGUUCAUGGUGUGGACCCCCGUGGUGCUCUAUCUCAGCUGGGUCAGCUACACCUCCCUCGCCCAGGGCAACACCCGGCUCUUCUCCUCCUUCACCACAGAGUACUCCAUCCCCGUCCACCACUACUACUUCCCCUUCAUCUUCCUCCUGGGGAUGUUCCUGUGGUCCCUGCUAGAGUACCUCAUCCAUCGCUUUGUCUUCCACAUGAAGCCACCCGCUAGCAACUACUAUCUCAUCACCCUGCACUUCUUGCUGCACGGGCAGCACCACAAGUCUCCCUUCGACAGCUCCCGCCUGGUCUUCCCGCCCGUGCCGGCCUCGCUGGUGAUCGGCUUCUUCUACGGCCUCUUGCGGCUGGUGCUGCCGGAGGUGCUGGGGCUCUCGGUGUUCGUCGGGGGGCUCUGCGGCUACGUCGUCUACGACAUGACCCACUAUUACCUGCACUACGGCUCUCCCAAGAAAGGCACCUACCUGUACGGCCUGAAGGCUUAUCACGUCAAGCACCACUUCGAACACCAAAAAUCAGGCUUUGGCAUCAGCACCCGCUUCUGGGAUCACCCCUUCCGGACACUCAUCCCUGAGGAGACCUUUGAGAAAGAGGAGUGAUGGCCCCAUCCUGGCACCUGGCUCCAUCCCUUCCCAGGCUGGGGCUGGCAUCCCUGCCCAGCCCUUGGCCAGGCUGGCCGACCCCCUGCAUCCCUCUCGGGGGCUGUGCCACAGCAGCGGAGCAUCCUAGUGGUGUCCUGUGGUCCAGCUGUGGCACAACCAAAGGCGAUGGGGUGGGUGAGGAUACAGGGAAAGGUGAAGAGGAGGUUGGGGGGCUCCUGCCCCUUCCUUGCUGCCCUUCCGCUCCAGGUCAUGGAUGCACGGGCAGAUCUGCUGCCUGAGAGAUGAAGUGCCUGAUGCCAACCUCCCUCCUCUGCCCUGGCACCUCUCUGGAGCCCCCCAAGCCCUGCCAGGGUGUCCCCUCCCUGGGACAUCCCACAGGUUGCAGUUAACCCCAUCACCCUAACUCCUGCCCAGGAGCCUCCGUAGCCCGAGUCCUUCUCCUGGCUCCAUCCCAGCACAGACUUUUCUUGGCCCAGGGCAUCCCUCAGGUUUGGAUGUUGCCUUUUUCUAACCAGUGCACCCGUGUCUCUCUGCCAGAUUUAUCCAGGUCAUGGUUUGAGGUAGACAUUGACUACCUGAAACUCAAACUCCAAGAACAGAAAUGCUACAAGAUGCCUUGAUUUUCUUUUUUUGUUUUGUUCUUUUUUUGGCUGAUCCUAUGAUUUUUUUUUUUUUCUAGUGUUUACUGCAGAUAUUUAAAAGUUUGGAAUAAAGUUAUAUAUAAAACUGUAGACACUACAAUUGUAAAUAAACUGUAUAUUUUGAAAAAUAAAGCCUUUCAAAAAGGGUCUGGGAAACACUU